CAGCCGCGCACGCGGCUCCGCGCAUGUGCAGUGAGGCUCGCGGCCCGAGUGCGGCGCUGAGCGGAAGCCACCAUGGCGGCAGAGCGCAAGACGAAGUUGUCCAAGAAUCUGCUGCGCAUGAAGUUUAUGCAAAGGGGACUGGACUCAGAAACCAAGAAACAACUAGAAGAAGAAGAAAAGAAAAUCAUUAGUGAAGAGCACUGGUACUUGGAUUUGCCAGAGCUUAAAGAGAAAGAGAGUUUCAUAAUAGAAGAGCAGAGUUUCUUACUAUGUGAAGAUCUUCUCUAUGGAAGAAUGUCAUUCAGAGGAUUUAAUCCUGAGGUUGAGAAACUGAUGCUUCAGAUGAAUGCUAAGCACAAAGCAGAAGAAGUUGAAGAUGAAACAGUGGAGCUUGAUGUGUCAGAUGAAGAGAUGGCUAGAAGAUAUGAGACCUUGGUGGGGACAAUUGGGAAAAAGUUUGCCAGAAAGAGAGACCAUGCCAAUUAUGAAGAAGAUGAAAAUGGAGACAUAAAACCGAUUAAAGCAAGGAAGAUGUUCUUAAAGCCCCAGGAUUAAGAUGGAUGCCUUAAGCGAUGGCCCAGGGGUGCUUGGUGGAAGUCAGCAGGGCAUCUGGAGCUCAUCUCAAUGGUGUCUCUAUAGUUAUUAAUACUGUAAUGUUUACUUUGUAAAGAGAUGUAAUCAUUUUAGAAACAUGCUGUUUUUGAAACAGAUGUGUGAUGGAUGUUGUACAUCCUUUGCUUCAUGGUAUUCAUUCAGAGUGGAUUUUUAGCCCCUGAUCUACAAAUGUGCAUUGUUACAGGGCUGCUUCCUAAAGAUUUUUUUGACCUCAGGUUUCUCUUAAUAUAGCUCUCCAGUCACCGACCUUGAAUUGACUCAUAUAAAUUACUGCCAAUGUUUAAAUUGCCCUUAUGUUUAUAUUUAAAUUAUUAUGUCAAGCCAAUUCAUACAUACAAUUUGGAAUCAAAUUUCAUAAGAAUUUAUUAUAUAAAUUUAUCAAGAAAAAAAUAACUCUCCAGCCUUAAGUAUUUACAUGCUCCCAGGUCAUUGUCAGUUUAUGGUAUUAUGUUGUUUUAUUUAAAGCAUUGAAUUAAUAGAAAAAAUUGCUCUGUAAUAAAAAUCUACUUUCACAUA